AUGGAAGCUGAGGCUACCACCACUCCACAGUUGGCGCUCGCUGACACAGAUAUCAACUGGGACAGGUUGGAUAAAACCAAGUUUCACAUCAUUGGUGCGGUUCUCUUCACUGCUCAAUCAGCGUUGCUUCAUCCAACAGCGGUGGUGAAGACACGGAUGCAAGUGGCAGGCUCACACGUGCCGGGAAUCUCAGUGUUCACUCACAUUCUACGUAGCGAUGGCAUUCAUGGAAUCUUCAGAGGUUUCGCCACUUCUGCUAUUGGUUCAAUGCCUGGGAGGGUUAUCGCUCUCACCUCUCUCGAGAUGUCAAAGGACAUCAUGUUAAAACACACCCAAGGUUGUCACAUUCCAGAAGCUUCUCGUGUUGCCCUCGCUAAUGGAGUGGCUGGCAUGUUCUCCAAUUUGCUCUCUUGUGUUUACUUUGUGCCUUUGGAUGUGGUUUGUCAGAGGUUAAUGGUUCAAGGUCUUCCUGGGACUACAUAUUGUAGAGGUCCAUUUGAUGUUGUCCGUAAGGUUGUGAAGACUGAGGGUUUUCGUGGUUUGUAUAGGGGUUUUGGAUUAACGGCUGUGACUCAGUCCCCUGCAUCUGCACUUUGGUGGGGUUCAUAUGCUGCAGCCCAACACAUAAUUUGGAGGAGUUUGGGCUACAAAGAUGAUAUGGAGAACAAACCUUCACAUGUGGAAAUGGUGACAGUUCAGGCUACUGCUGGGAUGGUGGCUGGUGCUUGUUCCUCUGUUAUCACUACGCCCAUAGAUACAGUAAAAACACGUCUUCAGGUUAUGGACAACUAUGGUUCUGGAAGACCAUCAGUAAUGAAGACAGCAAAGACUCUCCUUAAGGAAGAUGGAUGGUGGGGAUUUUACCGGGGAUUUGGACCAAGAUUUUUAAACAUGUCACUUUAUGGAACAACGAUGAUUGUUACUUAUGAACUGAUAAGGGAAAUUCUUGAUCUAAGUAAGCUUUUAGCUUUAGUUCAUAACUGUAUGUUGAGAACGUUUAUUGAAUUUGAAUUGUGUCAAAAACCUUAG